AUGCCUCAGAAUGAGUACAUGGAAAGAUGGCGCCGCCUCCACGGUCGAAGGCUCGACCAGGAGGAGCGAAUGCGCAAGCGCCAGGCUCGCCAGGGCCACAAGGAAUCCAAAGAUGCACAGAACCUGCGAGGUCUCGCGGCCAAGCUGAGACAGGAGAAGCGACGAGUCGAGAAGAUCCAGAUGAAGAAGAAGAUCAAGGCCUUCGAGGAGCGCGACAUCAAGCUGCAAGGAGAAUCCGAGGCGCCCAAGGAUGCCCUCCCCGCCUACCUGCUCGACCGUGACGGCAACGCCCAGACGGCCAAGGGUCUCUCGAGCGCCAUCAAGCAACGCCGAGCUGAGAAGGCCGCCCGAUUCGCCGUGCCUCUCCCCAAAGUGCGUGGUAUCUCCGAGGAGGAAAUGUUCCGUGUGGUCAAGACCGGUAAAACACAGAGGAAGAGCUGGAAGAGAAUGAUUACGAAGCCGACGUUCGUGGGAGAAGGGUUCACUCGGCAGAACCCCAAGCAGGAACGAUUCAUCAGACCCUCUGGACUGAGAUACAAGACGGCGCAUGUCAGUCACCCCGAACUGGGAAUCACGAUCAAGGCCCCCAUCAUCUCUGUCAAGAAGCACCCCUCCGACCCUCUGUACACUCGGCUUGGUGUUCUGUCGAAGGGAUGCAUUAUCGAGGUUAACACAAGCGAAUUGGGCAUGACGACUACUUCUGGAAAGGUUGUGUUCGGUCGCUACGCCCAGAUCACUAAUAACCCUGAGAAUGAUGGAACUGUCAAUGCGUGA